UCAAGUAUUCAAUCUCAAUCGGCCUCUCUACUCUUACAUUUAGCUUUGUCUCCCUAGAGUUCCCAAGGCCAUCUAGUCUCGCGUCCUUCAUUCCACCAUCCUAGCAUUUGAAGCAUUUAAAGGCAUUUCUCUUCCAUCCCUCGUAGUAAUUUACUACCAACCUGAGAACACAAACAAACGAGUGAACACGCCAAAAUGAAGAUGGACCUUGCUGAAGAUAUCUCCCAGAAAACCGCCGGAUUUAUACAAUCUAGCAACCACAGGGAUCUUCUUGAUAUUGUCGAUUCACUUAGAUCACAUGGCGUCAGUCAAUAUAUUGAUCUACCACAAAUCAUCGUGUGCGGUAGCCAGUCAUCAGGCAAAAGCUCCACACUCGAAUCCCUUUCUGGUAUAUCCUUCCCGACUGCAGAAGGACUUUGCACUCGUUUCGCUACCGAAUUGAUCCUCCGGCGAGGUGACAAGCCUGAGAUCAAAGUACACAUCCAACCGAGCAGCGAUAGGAGCAAGAAUGAGAGAAAACGCCUAUUUGCUUUUGCUAGGGAGACAAAGGAUCAGGAUGAUUUUCCCAAGAUCAUCGAAGCCGCCAAAAGUGCGAUGGGACUCACCGGCAGCGAGGGUGCCAAGAUAUUCAGCACUGAUGUAUUGCGCAUCGAGAGCACAUCGCCCACUGCACCUAACCUAACCUUAGUCGACUUACCAGGCAUAUUCGGUGCCUCUGAUAAGAAUCAAUCCGAUGACGACGCAACCUUGGUUCAAGAACUAGUAUUGUCUUAUAUGCGCCAGCGUCGCAGCAUCAUUCUUGCUGUUGUUGCAGCAGACAACCCUUUCGCCAACCAACCUGUAACCAAAUUUGCUCGAGAGAUCGACCCUUCCGGCCUCAGAACCCUUGGACUCAUUACGAAACCCGACAAAAUCGACAGGGGCUCGGACAGCGAACGUUACUAUCUGGAAUUAGCGCAGAAUCAAAACGUGAAGCUGUCUCUUGGAUGGCACGUCCUGCGCAACAGAGGCCACGCUACCUCUGACGAUACGAUCGAGGAAAGGGAUGAGAGAGAGGCAAAAUUCUUUGCUGAUUCCAUCUGGAACACCCUCGAUGAGUCACGACGGGGUGUAGAGCCGCUGAGAUCCCGUUUGCGCCUUGUGUUAUGGAAACAAAUCCAGAGAGGACUACCGGGCGUGAAAGCUGAGGUGCAAUCUGGCAUAAAAGAUUGUCGACUCAAAUUAGCACAACUAGGCAAAGCGCGCAGUACGAGUAGGGAGAAACAUACCUACCUCCAACGAAUCAGCAGUCGGCUUUCUAAGCUGGUCCGAGCAGCUAUUGAUGGCGUAUAUGCUGAUAUCUUCUUUGAGUCCAUACCUGGUCGACAUGAUGCUUUUGAGAGGAGAUUACGCGCUCAUGUCCAAAAGAUCCUUAGCGAAUACUCCGAGAAUAUGCGUGUUGAUGGUCACACUCUAGAGGUCGUGGAAGACGAUUUAAAGCCGACUAGAUUGUCCCCUAGGCGGUAUGUCAUGAGGGAGGAUUAUCUAGAGGUUGUAAAGGAUCUCAUGGUCGAAUGCCGCGGCCGUGAGCUGCCUGGAACAUACAACCCUCUUGUUGUCGGGGAUCUAUUCAGCAGACAAUGCAAGCCUUGGGAGCCAAUCACGCAAAAAUUAGUCGAGCAGAUCCAUGAGGCCGCAGCAAGUAACUUCAAUAAAAUCGUGUUUGAGAUUUGCGACAGUAAUACUAAGACCCGCCUCAUGAAAGAGCAUAUCCAACCGGCAUUACAUCGUCUGCGACAAGAUCUGAAGGAUAAAGUCGACGAAUUAUUAGAGCCUCAUUUAUCGAUCCAUCCAAUCACAUACAACGACUAUUUGACGAUUACGGUGCAAAAGAUUCAGACCGAACGCCACGACCGCAAAUUCGAUGCAUUGUCCACGAAGAUCUACGGGUUAACAUCGGAGACCACGUCUUCGAAUGUCACAUUCAACUCUCAAAAUCUUCUUUCCGAGUUGAAGUUGGGAACGCGACCAAACGUUGAGGAAUAUUCUGCCUCACUCGCAGCAGAUGUUGCCGAAGCUUAUUAUCAGGUCGCCCUAAAAAAGUUCAUUGAUGAUGUCAGUGUUAAUGCCAUCGAGACUUGUCUUAUCCAACGCCUACCAGAUGUAUUCUGUCCCGAUGUUGUAUGGGAUCUUACAGACGAGGAAGUUGAACAAUUGGGUUCUGAAGAUGAUGGCACCAUUAAGGAACGUAACGAGACAACGAGAAAGUUGGUUAUCCUUGAAAACGGUUUGAAGGCCCUUGAUGCUUUUACGGCUCGAUCGGCCCUUCAUGCGGUAGGAAAGGAAGGACCGCGAACUGAAGACAGUUGAGUGCUUUGAGAUAUUUAGUGGCAGAGCUGGUGAUGUUCCUUGAUUGUAUGGUGAGUACCUAGGUAGAAGAACAGGGCAUUGUAUUUACGACUUAGUCGUUCCCGUUCAUAGGCAGGUUAAUGACGAUAAUUACCACAAUAUGACCAGUACUGCAAUAUGACCCUCUUUGCUUUAUUUUGUCAUUUACAGGCGCUAUGAUCGAGCCUAUGAUAACUUGGUGGCGUUACCAUUGCAGACG